AUGAAGCAGACUAGCAGAAACAAGUUAUAUAGCGGACAAGGCAACCGCUCACAAAAGUCACUCUUGUCAACUCAGAAGGAUAAUGCUCAUAUCAAGACUCAUUCUAACGCUUGGGGCCAAAGCCUUGGUAAAACAAGACCUCAUAGCCACAGAAAAAGCCACUCUAAGAUCUUGAGACCAAAGACUUGUUUUACGAAUAUCGAGGCGAAGAUGAACCAUUACAAGCCACCCACCCUUAACUUGAAAUCUUUGAGAGACAAGAAACAACUUUGGGGGCAUUUCACUAGCAGAGGGCUUAGCACCAGAGAUACAAAGAGGGGAAUCAAAGAUGGCAAGAAUCGAAACAUUUCUGAACGCCAACUCACAACCGAGAUAAGGAGGCCAAAAACAGUAUUUUCCUCCAAUUACUCAACUCAGAAUUUUGGAACUAAACUAAAAAUGUUUGAUAACUGGGCUAACUCCAAAGAGCUCCUGAGCGAUCUUGACAUGGAAGGAAAGCAGACCAUAACUGAGCAAACUUCUAGAAAGAACUAUGAACUGAGUAAAAACUUGAAGAGACUCAACCCCAUCCCUAAAAUGUCCUUAGGAAAGAAGGAUCAUAAGACUCAAAGAGAGAUCGAGAAGCUUGGCUUAAACCUCAAGAUGAUGCAGAUUCAUCUCAAACAGAUUAUGGAAGAGGAAGAAAAUGAUAAAGUCUUGGAGCCAAAUAAAGUCCACAUGUUAUCUAUUUACAGUGAAAGAGUCCCACUCUCCACAAAAAUUCAGCUUAAACCAGGCAAGAAAGCUUUAAAUGUCUACCUUAGAGUCAGUGAUGAAGAAGAUUUUGAUGAGAAUGACGAAGUCAAAUUUGAUAUUAGAACUUACCUCUCAACUUCAGAGCGACAUCCAACUGCUAAAACGUGAGACUAUAAGUUUAGAAGUCAGUAUGCUACAAUAGAAGUGGGCAAGCAGAUAGAACCCUCCUCAAGUGAGAUCGCCUCCAUCUCCUUCACAUCUAAAAUUGGGUUUAAAAUAUAUUUUGCUUAUUGUUUCGAGAGAGAUCCUCCUCCAGGGGUGAUGAUUAAGAAUAAUUUUGAAAGCGAUUCAUAUCUUGCAGCUUUGGUCCAGCCAAAGCUGACCACAAAGCAAAUAAUCUACAACAAAGUUGAAGAAUUUGUAGAUGAUUAUGAAAAGCGAGAAGAGCUCAUGACUGAAGUUCGAACUAUUAAAAACAAGAGAAGCAAGAGAGCUCAAUCCGCUUCUCAGAGGAUCCACUCCAACCUUCAAAGAUUACAGACGAUGGGUCUCAAGCUUAAAUAAAGAUUUCAAGACAACCAACGAACGUGUUAUUCGUGUGAGAAGAAGAAAAUCAAUGAUUGAUAUAAAGGAGAGAAAGAGGAAGAUCUACACUCUUCAGAAGAAAAACUUUCUCAAGUGCGCAAGAGCGAGAUUUACUGCAAGAGAGGCCUACCUUCAACGAUGCCAGUCCCUUAAGACAAUCUUUUACAUUCAUAAAAUAGUGUUGCAGAAAAUAUUUGGAAGCAUUUUAGCAGUAAGAUUUGAGAGAGAAAAGAGGACUAAAGAAGAAAAUAAACUUAUCAGACAACGGAUAAUGGAAUCAGCUAGAGAGGUAGAAGACAUGAAAACAGAGUCUGAGAAGAGCUGUUCAAACUUAGACCUUUUAAUUUAAAAUUCAAUCCACA